AUGUCGGAGCUAUUCGACUCGCUCAAUCUGAGCAACUCGGGUCCGUCGUCGUCGCAGCUAUCGUCGUCGCAGCCCUCGACAUCCAAGGUGUUCUGGCACGCCUCUCCCUCGCCCGGUGUGCUGCGCCAACUGAACAACUGGACACCCAGCAGAAGCCAGGAUUCCCCAACACUACCACUAUGCACACAGGCGUUUGUCGGCGAGCUCAAAAAGCUGCCGGGCGCGCUCGAGGCGCAGUCGCCGCUCGUCUCGAGAGAUGCAGCCAAGCGCAAGCUCGGCGGCAGCUCACGUAAACAGGGCCGCAACGUAUCAGACCCCACCACGAUCAAGGAGAAGACGCGCGGAUAUGCGGUGCUGGAGAUCUCGGAUGAUGACGAGGACGAUGCAGUGGGCGGCGCCGAUAAGCCUGCGCGGUUACUGCUCGGCGAUGUGGGCGAGUCGUCGCCCGAGUCGAGGCGCAGACGAACCAUGGACGCCGGCAAUACUGGCAGAGUGCGACAGCCGUCGUCGCCGUCUGACCUCAGCUGCUCUUCCAAAUCGACAAUGCAACCGAUGCCAGCAGUACAGCCGAGCUCGCAGCCGAUAGGAUCGCAUCGACGACUUGACCGCAGACAUCCCCGGCGGCGCAAGAGAGAAUCGCUCAUGGCCGGGCUCGGAUUUUCAGACGAAUCGGGCACCGACUGUCUGAAGCUCUUUGAGGAUCUUCAAGCCGCCAUACGAGGUAUCCAAGCACCUCGCACAGCAUCCGAUGGCCAUGCACAUCUCGCGCUGAACUCAGCCGGGCAGAGCAACUCGGGAGGAUCAGGCGCUGACCAGCCAGAAAGCGUGCGCCUGACACCAAGGGAAGGACUCAAUCGCACCACGUCCGCGCCGACCUCUGCGCGACCGAGCCUGAGCUCGGGCCCACACUCUGCACCACACGAAGACCAAGGGGAGGGAUCUCAGUCACGUCGAGUCUUUCGUCCGGUCAAGUCGGAUCACGACGUCUUCAAUGCAGUACGCCAGGAGGACGAGCGGCAGGCGCGCAUCCUCCAGCCCCGAGCCGUCAACGUUGCAGCACAGCCGGAGCCGCAGUCCAAACCUGCACAUUCCGCUCUUCGGUCACCAUCGCCAUCGGAACCGGUUCGACGACAAUCGCAGUUGCAUCCCAGUGCUCAAAAUGUCGGCACUGAAACCCGGCUUGAAACGGCUCUUCCUUUGCGAGCGCCUCCGCCGCCAGUCGAAGCUUCCGCAGCAACCAGACACGAUCAAAGCACUGCUGUCACGAUGCGGAAAGCGCACGAGGGCGCUGACGAGACCGCAGCGCGCGCGGCCGCCUCGCCGGUCAAGCGGUCGGCGCGGAUCGAGGCGAUGCAACAGACGAGCACGGGCAAAAAGCUGGGCGUGCGCGCACCCUCGGCGUUUACCAAGGCCGCAUCAGCCUCGCCGCGCAAGGCGGCUGACGGGACGGUUGUGCCGGUAGCAUCGCGCAAGGUGAGUGCGCCCGUUGCACGCGCGCGACCCCACGCGCUGCCCGGAAUGUCGCAGGCGCGCCAGCCGGGCCUGCCACGCAGCGCAUCGCAGUACGUCGCUUCGGCGUCGCAAGCUGGUGCCACUGCCGCCACUGCGGCGAGCGGGCCCGCAGCACCGUUCCGGCCUCCGGCGAUUUCGCGCGUUACACCCACCCGCCAACCGCCCAAACCAGCCCAACUGUCCAGCCGACGCAGCGCACAGCAGGGACGAGUCGAACACGCGGCCUCGUCGGACGACAGCUUUGCCGACGACGACGAUGCCUUUCUCGCCCUCGCCUGCGAGCUCGAGUACUGA